AAGCGGAACUCCAGCGGACAACACCGCCCGCUCGCCCCGCUUUCUUGUCCGCACAUUUCGAAGGCGGCACAUCUCUCGCCCGGCUGCACCCCCGCCGCACUCCGGAGCUCGGCGGCGAAGUUACACUCUAGCGUAACCUUUUACAUUCCGCUCUCAAACGCGGCGGCACUCCCACCAAAUGGUGCCGCGGCUGUUUUGACUCGGAAACAGGGUCUCGCGCGCGCGCGUGCGUGCCUUCAUCGCCGCAGCAUGGCUGUGUUCAGCAAGUACGCUCAGCUGCUGGACUACCACCUGCCGUACAACUGCUACGAGAUCGGCCACACGUGGACUCCGUACUGCGCCGAGGCAUCCGUCUACGUCGGUCUGCACGCGUUCAAGGAGUCGCUCAAGAUCUACCUCCCACUGUAUGCGGCGUCCCUCGUGUACAGCAAGCGCUACGAUGGCAACACCAUCAAACGCACGCUCCGGUCCGUCCUCAUCUCAUCUUUCUUCCUGAGCUUCAACGCGUUCGCCUUCAUCGCUGUCUUCUGCUCACUCAGGAAGCUGGUGGGCCGGUUCAAUUUCCUGAAUGCGUCGUACCUGCCGGGUUUCCUGGCAAGCCUCAUGGCCAUCCUACUUGAGCGCAAGAGCAGGAGGCAAGCGCUGGCAAUAUACGUCUGCAACAUUGCCUCGGAGACCAUUUUCCGCAUGAGGGUCUCCCGAAACGAGAUCCGGCCGAUCAAGCAUGGCGAGGUCAUCCUGUUCAGCGUCGCGUCCGCGCUGUUCCUGUACGUGAUCCGGCGCAGCGGCUUCUCCAACGACCCCGUGAGCCGGGCCUUCCAGUUCAUCGUGGGUCGCGAGGAAGUGCUGUCGUCCGGCGGCAGUUCGUGCUCCUCCCACACGCCCAGCUCGACGGGCAGCUCGCCCACGCCGCCCAUCCUGCGGGCGGGGGUGGACAGUCCUCCCGAGGACCUCGCCGGCCGCGGCGAGGCCCACGAGAAGGCCUGGCAGCUCGUCGACUACGCGUCUCGACUGCUCGACGACCAAGGGUCGUGGACGCAGAAGAGGCUCGCCGCGCUCGGACUGAACGCCAGGCACUGGUCCUGCGGUCACAAGCGGGGAUGCGCGGCGCACGUCUUUCAGGGUUUCAUGCGCCCCUUCAUGCUGGGCUGUGGCCUGCGGCUGCUGUUUCGGCUGGUGGCCGCGAGGCGUCGCUUGGCGCAGGACGUGAGCUGCAUCUACCCUGUGCUCUUCCGGCGGAGCAACCUCUGGUUGGGCGCAUUCCUCGGCUCCUUCGCCGGCAUCUACAGGCUGGUAAGCUGCCUGCUGCGAUGGAGCGGCGACGGUCGCAGCGACUGGCACGCCCUGCCGGCUGGUCUUCUGGCAGGACUCUCCAUGUUCUGGUACCCCAGUCCCAGUAUUGCACUCUACCUAGUCUGGAAGCUCGUCGAGAACGUCUACAUGGCAGGGAUGGACAAAGGCGUUCUUCCGUGCGUCCCCAACUCACCCGUUCUUCUCUACUCUGUCUCUUGCGCGGUGCUGUUUUACGCGGCGGUCUUCGAGCCACACAAUCUCAGGCCGACAUAUUGGACUUUCCUCAACAGGCUGUCAUCAGGCAGAUUUUCGCUGCUGAACCGUCACGUAUACGACAUGUUCGGGGUGCACUCGUCCAAGCUCUUCGAGGACUUUUGGCCCAAGCUGGACCUGAAGUUCACCACGCGCAAGUUCCAAGAGUCGGUCCUCGUCUGGGUGCCCUUCUGACGUGUCCAGUAUAGUGCGGCGCCGGAGACAGGAGAGGAAAAAAGAAGUGUGAUACGGCGGGAACUGUGUUUUUAGCCGAUUUUUUUGUAUAGCAAAGCGCGAAGCCUCCAACGCAAGUUGCAGCUCUUCGGGAGUUUGGAAGUGCCAAACGCGUUUCCCGUAUGUGAAACGUUUUACGGACGCUUUCCCUCCUGGACCAUUUUGAGGACUGUUCUGUUGGCUCCUCCGCGACGUAUCCUUGCCCCCGCCAAUCCCCCACUCUCUCCACAAUAACGGCAGCCAGAACAUCAGUGAACUGCAGCUUGCAAUGUUCCUGUGUGUUGCAGAUGACAAACGGGUAAUGAACAGAAGAAAGAACUAUCUAUUGACAAGCUGUAUACAAUUAAAAAAAAUUUUUUAUUGUCGAUGCUAACAAGUUUUGAAUCUGGGCUAUUUGCCGCACAUUAAUUGGAUUGCUUAACACUGAAUAGCUUUAAACGAGGACACCAUAGAGCCUUCUUCUGUUUCAAGUCAUGCUUGCCAAAUUUGUUCCGCACCCUGGGCUCCUGUGAUGCUCCGAAUCAAAAUGUCCGUUGCAACACGAGAGCUACAGGCGUCGCGCAGUCUUUGAAUACCUUCUGAUAUAAACAUGUCGACUCACCAUGGCACCUAACAUUCUCGAGAAAAAAAAAAUCGAGUCGGCCACGUUAAUAUAAGGAUACUGGGCUGUAGUGCCAAUUUAGGAACGUUUUGUAGAAGCCUUGUAUAAUUUUGUAGAAGCCUUAAUUUGAAGUCAGUAUUGCGUAAAGACCCACCACUGGAAGCUGCGAUACAAUCUGAAGGAAUUAUUUAAUUUCAAAAGUAUAGGCCCACUCACUGACAGGACCCGUCAAACCCAGCUCUCUCUCUCUCUCUCUCUCUGUGUGUGUGUGUACAUAUAUAUAGUGGUUGCCUGGCGCCGUUUUUUCUGUUUUGGAUAGAACCAGCGUUGGAUUAUUUUUAUGUAUAUUUUUCAAACUGUAAAACGUACCUGUGCGUAUGUAUCUGCAUUGCUCCGUUCCACGUACGCAAAUGUAUAUCUGUGCCCCGUCCACUUUGUUCCGUUUGGUUAGCUUCACACGCACGCAGAGCUUUGAGUGCGUGCGUGUGAAGUCCCCCCCAAGUUCGGUCAUGACCUCUGAGACCCCCCACGCACGCUGCGCCCGAGAUCUCUGAGGCCAUGGUUUGGGGGCAGUGCAAGUGCCGCGGGCGACUGUAAACGGUCAAAAAAAUAAUAAUAAAGUAAUCGUGCCAACCUUCGAAACAUUUAGGACUAGACCUUGGAGUGGACCAAAAAAGCUGCGAAGUGCGGGUAGUGCAGUCAUAAACAAGACGUUAGCAGCAGUACGGCUAGCCUUGUGAAGCUGAGUUCAUACCAGAACUACUAGACUGCCGCCAUCGCUAUAUGUUCAUUUAACGCUCGCAUCAAAUCAUCGGCAGCUGCAUAACGUAUAGGGGUUGCAGCGUUCACAAGGCUUCGAUCGCUACCGUCAGCAGUCAGUGCUGCUUUUGUAUCAUGUGUUCCGGUAUCCCGUAAACGGUACCACUCCCCUAUAGUACUAGUACGUGUACACACGGGUUAUCGAUUGAUCCAUUGUGGCGUUUGUUACCACAAGGCUUAUACUAAACGUGACAGGGUAUGUACCAGGCGCUUCGUUUGCGCGUUCCUCUGCAUCGUGCGUUGCUUGUCUUGUGGUGAUAAACGCGGCAAUGGAGAUACAUGUAUCCACAGACUACGCAAAUGGUACUACACAGCUUUGUCCGCUAUCCACGAGCAAAUGACGGUACGGGGUAAUAAGCCGCGCUUGAAACUGCGUGUAGUUUUACAGGGUUCCAAUUUAACGACGCGCUCUGUAGAAACGUGAGCACACAAUUUUUUUCUGUUUGUAAAUUUUACCAAGUUCUGCAUCACGAUAAACGCAGCUUUCAGAUUAUUUUAUACGCACUGAGCAAAAAACGUCGUUUUGUAUAUAUAUACGAGGGAAAAUAAAAUUGUACAUAACCGAUUUCUGCAAGUUUCAGUGACUUAAUUGCUGAAUGUUACUGUGGCUCUUACGUGUUUAUUUUAGAAGUCGAAGGGCAAAAUGUGGCGAUAUUUGGUCAUAUCUGCCGCUGAUAUCAAUAUCAUUACCUUCACGUUUCCCUGGCGAAAGACGUAC